UGCGUUCAAGUCACUUCAGCUGCUGCCGAUCAUAACAAUGGCGGCCGCCUUAUCAUCUUCCUUCCUCACCUCCACCCCAAUCCUUCUCUCCCACAAUUUACCGUCAAUCAACAGUAGCACCAGAGCACGAGUUCAAGCGGCGGCUGCGCCGCCGCACCACCAUCACCGCUCCUUAACUUCUCUAGCUCUAACGGCCGCCGACGACUUCAUCAACACCGUCAUCGACCCUCCCGGCCCCCACUGCCCUUCCACCGACCCCGCCUCCGUUCUCUCCGGCAACUUCUCGCCCGUCGACGAGCUCCCGCCGACUGAAUGCCACGUCAUCCACGGCUCCCUCCCUCCUUGCCUCGACGGGUCCUACAUCCGCAACGGGCCCAACCCACAAUUCCACCCUAGUGGGCCCUACCACUUAUUCGACGGGGAUGGAAUGCUCCACGCGCUAACCAUUUCACGCGCCCGCCCUCCCACUCUCUGCAGCCGCUAUGUCGAGACCUACAAGUAUUUGACGGAGAAGGCAGCCGGAGCUCCACUCGUCCCCAAUGUCUUCUCCGCCUUCAACCGAUUACCCGCCGCCGUCGCCCGCGCUGUAUUAACCGCCGUCAGAGUCGCUCUCGGCCAGUUCAAUCCGGCUAAGGGAAUCGGCCUCGCCAACACCAAUCUCGCCUUCUUCGGCGGCCGCCUCUUCGCUCUCGGGGAAUCCGAUCUCCCUUACGCCGUCAGAUUGACGGAGGACGGCGACGUGGAGACGAUCGGCCGCCACGAUUUCGACGGGAGGCUGGGGGUGAGCAUGACGGCGCAUCCGAAGAUAGAUCUGCAGACCGGGGAGACAUUUGCGUUUCGGUACGGCCCUAGGUCGCCGUGCCUCACCUACUUCCGAUUCGACGCCGACGGUAGGAAGCAAGCCGAUGUUCCGAUCUUAUCGUUCAGCCGGAAAACGCCUUUCCUCCACGAUUUCGCGAUUACGAAGAAGUACGCCAUGUUCGUGGAUACACAAAUCGUAAUGGACCCGGUGGAUUGGGCUUUCCGGGGCGGGUCGCUGAUCAGAUCUGACCCGAAUAAGAUGCCUCGGGUCGGGGUGAUCCCGAGAUACGCGACGGACGGGUCGGAGAUGAAGUGGUUCGAUGUGGCCGGGUUCAACCCGGUCCACGCGAUCAACGCGUGGGACGAGGAGGACGGCGAUGGCCUAGUUAUGCUAGUUUCAAACGUUAUUUGUGUCGAGGACGCGCUGGAGAGUUUGGAGCUUGUCCAGGCGCGAGUGGAGAAGUUGAGGAUCGAUUUGAAAACGGGGACUGUUAAUCGGGUCCCGGUUUCGACCCGGAAUCUGGAUUUCGGGGUGGUGAACCCGGGUUACGUGGGGAGGACGAACCGGUUCAUCUACGCCGGGGUCGGGGACCCGAUGCCGAAGAUAUCGGGGGUGGUGAAGCUUGACGUUGGGGAUGAUGAGAUGGGGCGGACGGAGGAAGAGAGGACGGUGGCUUGCAGGAUGUUCGGGCCGGGUUGCUUCGCCGGAGAGCCGUUUUUUGUGGCGAAGGACCCGGAGAAUCCGGAGGCGGAGGAGGACGAGGGGUACGUGGUGACGUACGUUCACGACGAGAUAAAAGGGGAGUCAAGGUUUUUGGUGAUGGAUGCACAGUCGCCGGAGCUUGAGAUUGUGGCGGCGGUUAGACUGCCGCGGCGGGUUCCUUAUGGAUUCCACGGGUUGUUUGUAAGGGAGAGUGACCUUCGAGAUGGUAAACUCACGGACCAAGUAAAGGAUCAUAUUCUUUGUAAUUUUCACUCUAACUCCAACGAGGUUAAACUCGAGUCGAGUGUAAAGUAAAGAUACUUAAUAAUUACUUGGAUAAAUAAAGAAGAUACUAACUUAAUUGCUGAAGCGUUUAACUCCACUAAUUCUCUUGUACGCAUCUCGGUUCCGGGACUAAUUUUUUUUUUUUUUUUUUUUGUGCGGGCUUUUUUAGGCCCUUAAAUAAUAUCCUGGUAUAGUUUUUAGAGGUUGAUGGCUGUUACUGCUAGGUGUGCUAGGCCCGCUGAGAAAAAAAUGAACAAUGGGGCCAUUGUAUCAGGCCCAACUCCCGUCUCGGAUGAUCGGUUGAUCUAGAUAAUAAAUAAAAGCCGAAUGAUGAAAACUGUUGCUCCAUUUCAAAUUUUCUGCAACGAGAGUGAUUAUAGGAAGGACAUUUUGGUCUUCACAAUUGCUUAUUUUCUUAUUUAUUUAUUCAUAAAAAAGGCAUGCACUGGGAUUUGAACCUUGGUCUCUUUAAAGGCAAGCAAGGAUCAUAACCAAUCAAACUAAGUAUAUUUGUUGUAUCUAUUUAAAUUCAAACAUACACGAACCUAAAUUAUGAAAAUCAUAUGACUUUUUUAACGAUUAACUGGCCACUGAAUCUCCCGUAAGUACUUAUUUGGUGUUUUAAUACUUUAAUUAUUUUAGUUGUAGUUUAAUACUUAAUUUAAAUUUCUAUCUAUUUUAUAAAUAUACAAUAACCCUAAAAUUGCAGCCCAAAUAUCACUGGUUCGAAUAUUGCAUAUCGAAUUGCAAUAUUAAACAUGUAGAAGCAAUAUCGACUUCUUAAAUUAAUAUUAUUUUUCAGAAUUACUAUGGAGAAAUUAUAUCUUUGUGCAAACUAUAUGAGACUGGUUCUUUUAAUGUUUUAGUCGGGAUAACCGCUACAUUUUAAAAUUCUUCAUAAUCUGGCAUGAUUGGAUCCAAUGAUCAUUAUACAAGAUUGUGUUUAAUAGGGUGGCUCAUUUCACCACUUUUUGGCGUGUUAAUGAAUUUGUAGGACAAUG